UGACAUAAAACAGAUAAGUAAAAAAAAACAACGAAAAUAAAAACACAAAGUGACAAAGUUUAAUUUAAUUUUUUCUUCUAAAAGUGCAAUAUUCUUCGAAAUAUUUAUAUUUUUUAAAUGAGUUUGGAUUUUAUUCGAAAUUCAUCCAUCAAAUCACGUCCAUUAUGGACUCACCACCUAGAAACGAUGAAUGGAUGCCCUUGGCUUCCCAACAAUUGCGACUGCGGCAUCUAAUUAGAAUUAUUGGCCUAAACAUCAUAUGCCCCGAUAAAUGCAAACUAUAUUUCACUCUUCACCAUAAUCUACACUGUCCCGCAUUCUAUAAAAGCGCUGACAUCCAACACUAUGGAAAUAGUGAAGCAAUAUUGUGGGACAAUAUAAAUUGUCCCCACAUAUUCAAGUCCAAUUCAAGAACAGUUUGCGUUCGCGUUUGGGAACGCAAACAUUCCCAAGAUGAUAAAACUAUUUUCGUUUGGCGUGUUUGGUUCUCAGGACUUGUUUUAACUGGCAGUGGCUUCGAUGCCAAACACUUCUCCAACACACUCAUUUUUCAGCUCAACGAAAACUGUUUCUCUUCGCCAGAGCAUUUUUCAAGCUUUUUGCUUGACAAUAACGAUUAUCUAUAUGAAAAUGCUCACGACCAUGAUCCGAACAUGGUCAAAAUACAUAACUCCGAUUUGCGAGAGCUAUCUGAAGGCACUGGAAGCCGUGAGAUGAUUCAGCUCCAAAACGAUUCAAAUUCUAGAUUAAAAUACUUUGAUUCGUCUUUGGAUUUAUGUGGAAUACGAUGCAUUUCAGCUAGACGCUUGAAAAGAUCCACUCGCCAAAGCUACAGUCUAGACAAACUACUUCGAAUUCAACAAAUACAGCGAAGUUGUAAACGUCUAAAAGAAGAUUUGCACGACAUCACCGAGCAAAUCAUCAAUCACAAUCUCAGACCCAAGAGCUUUGUGUCGAAGAAUCGAAGCAAUAUUGAUUAUUUGUUCUCUGAUAUGAACGAAAUAAAACCUGAAGAAAUGAUAGAAUGUAAGGAAUUAAAAAUUAAAAUUGAGCAACUGCGAUUUAAGUGCAAUCUUCUGGAGAAGGAGCACAAAACGGCUAUUGAAAGAAACAAAGAACUGAUAAACGUUUUAAGAAAUAAAAAACAACUUACCAAGGAUCAGUCUGAUGCAAUGCGAGAGAAUUACUCUCGAUUGGCCGAUGACAAAUCUUUAUUGUAUAAGCAAAUGAAAGUGAUACUUAGUGGUGUUAAGACUAAAAAAGAUCUCGAGCAGAUGAUCAACAAGCGCUUGGGUCUUUUGGGUUGCGAACUUAAGCACAUCUAUCCAAUCAAUGAGAACUCAUCUGGAUGCUUUACCGUUUGCAAUUUACCUUUUCCGGACAAAAACUAUCUUAGCAGUAAUCCACUGACUACAGAUCAUUCUAAACUGAUGACGCCGGCGGCACUUUCUGUGACGUUGGGUUUUGUGUCUCAUUUUGUUGAAAUAACGGCAAUCAUUCUGGAUAGACCUCUUCGGUUUCCACAGCAAACGAAGCCAUCAAUUCCAUCGAAACAGAUUCUGUAUGGGAUUUACUUGCUGAGCUAUAAUAUUGCUCAGUUGAAUUAUGAUGUGUUUGAGUUUCCGUAUGAAUCUCGCACGGAGAUUAUACACAAUUUUUUGAAACUAUUUUGUGGAUUGAUUAAUAUGGGUAAAGUUGAUUUAGACUCAGAUCCAGAUAGAGAAAUUAGUGAAAUUAGAAGUUUGCAUGCGAUAAAUCGGAGCGAAGACUUGGUGAAAGCUAGGACGUCGUCAAAUCAAUUAAUUAGCUAUUCGCAAGCUGAACGUAAUAUGCCACCUCGAAGAAGGAAGACAACGACAGUGGGUGGCGAAGACAAACGAUAUCAUAGCGAGGACAACUUGAAAACCUUAGCUGAACAUUGCCUUAAACAUUCUUAUUCUCACGAAAGAUUAGACAAAGAGUAGGGUGUUCAAUUAAAAUGAUUCAAGAGUGUUUUGCAAAAAAAAAAAAACAAAGAUAUGUGUUAUAUAAAUCCAUAAUCGUUGUAAAUUUUAAUAAAAAUUUGAAAUAUAAAUAAUA